GCUUUUUCCCGUCAUCGUUUCCCGCGGGUGGUGGAAAUGAAAUCGAUCCUAAUCACCGGCUGCAACCGCGGUCUCGGUCUGGGCGUGGUGAAACAUCUGGCCGAAAGAUCCCCGCAACCGGACAAUAUCUUCGCGACAUGCCGUGACGCGAGCAAGGCGACGGAAUUACGCACACUCGCCGACAAAUCUUCGAACGUACAUAUUAUCGAGAUAGAUUUGAUGGACACGGAUGGCUACAAGAGAAUCGUAGAUGUAGUCAGCGAAAAAGUAAAUGGCGCCGGUCUCAACGUUCUUUUUAACAAUGCUGGUAUUUCCAGCAAAUUUACACGUCUCGGUCUUGUGAAGAAGCAGCAAAUUAUAGAUGCUUUUCUAGUCAAUACCAUUGCACCUAUUAUGUUCACAAAACGACAUUCGUAUUAUAAUUGAUUCAAGGCUUUCUUACCGCUACUGAAAGUGGCUGCGAAAAAUGCCAAGGACAAAACAGAGUUAAGCAUAAGAAGAGCAGCUGUCAUCAAUAUGACUUCUAUUUUAGGCAGCAU